GCUUCAUUUUGUCUAGCCUCUUUGAACAAACUUUUCACACUCUUCCCUUCUACCAUUCAUACAUACACAAAUUGGUUUACACUCAAAAAACAAACCCUUCUCCUACUUUAGCUUCUUAGGAAAAUCUUGAGAAUUAACCCUCUCUUCUUGUUUCAUGAAAGUUCACUAGAGCGAGAUUGGAUCAACAUCAUAAAACAACUCGAUAGGAAUCCGAGGAGAAAGAUAGAGUCAUUGUUGUUCUGACAACAGUCAGAACACGUGAAGUGAGGGCGUGGUUUCAUUGAAGGCCAUAACAAUAAUGGAGUAUUACAUGGAUGAGAAAUGGAAACUAUCAAAGGAAGAUCCUAAUAAUCAUUCUUACAAUUCCUCAUCCAAGUCAUCUCUAAGGAGGAGCUAUUCACAACAUUGUCCAACAAGUUCAGAUCCUCCUCUCCCAAGGAGUUUUUCACAAAAGACUAGUUCUUCUUCCAAGUCUAGGCUUUCAAAGAGUUCAUCCCAAAGGUCUACAAAUUUCAAAAGCAAGGUUAAGGAACAAAAGGCAAAGUUUUAUAUCGUAAAGAGGUGCAUCGCGAUGCUUGUACGAUGGAACAAGCAUGACAAGCACAGAGAUUCCUGAGAGCAACUGUACUUAAUUUUAGCGAUUGAACUUUUCUCAAGUCACCACGAAUGGCUAGCUCUAUUUGCAGCGAUUUUAGUUGUCACAAAAAGUCUGAUUUCUUGUAGUGAGAGUAAUGAUUAGUCAAUGUAGUUUGUGCAAGGAAGAGUACUCUCCUAUUAAUUUUCCUUCUACUUGUAUUUGGAUCAGAUUGUAACUUGAACAGGGAGGGCAGUGAAACUUCAAGAGUGUACCACAUUGCAAAUUAAUUAAAAAUUGUAAUAUAUGAUAGUAUAAGUUUUUGAUUAAA